UCGUGGUUGCGAUUGUUCAGUCAAAGCUUCACGCGAGUUCAUCAGAGACACUGAACAUCAUAACACAGAAACCAUGGAGGACUAUUAUAAUUUUUUUAACGACGACUCCAACCAGUCCCAGGUAGAACAAUCUUAUCUCACAAACGAUGAAGUCAUAUUGUGUGAGAAAACUGAAGUGAAUGGUUUCGGCGCCGCGUUUCUCCCGACAUUAUACUGCAUAAACUUUGUGCUGAGUUUGGUGGGGAACGGACUGGUGCUGUGCAUCAUCUACAAAUACGAGAAGCUCAGCACCGUCACCAACGUAUUCCUUCUCAACCUGGUCAUCUCAGAUCUCAUCUUCGCCUUCACACUUCCCUUCUGGGCAGAGUACCACCGCUCCCAAUGGAUCUUCGGCAAAGCCAUGUGCAAGCUGGUGGGCAGUUUUUACUCCAUCGGCUUCAACAGCUCCAUCCUCUUCCUCACGCUCAUGACCUUUGACCGCUACCUGGCAGUGGUCCAUGCCAUCGCCGCGGCCCAGAGCAGGAGGAUAGUGUACGCUUUCUGCUCUUCCGCUGGAGUCUGGGUCAUCAGUAUAUUGGCCAGCGUGAAGGAUAUGGUUUUUUUUAACGUGCGGGAGAGUUUGGAUGAUAAGCUGUGUGAAGUGACCGGUCACUCCCAGCACAUCAUCCAAAAGUGGCAGCUGAUCGGGCAUUAUCAGCAGUUUCUGCUUUUCUUCACCGUUCCUCUCCUGAUGGUCCUAUACUGCUAUUUUCGCAUCUGCUUCACGAUCAUGUCCACUCGCAUGGCGGGGAAGUACCGGGCAGUCAAACUCAUCCUCUUCAUCGUUUCAUUCUUCUUCGUCUGCUGGACACCGUACAACGUGGUCAUCCUGCUGCAAGCCCUCCACAUGUCCUUUGGAGACAAAUUGAAGUGUUCGAAUGGUCUCGACUAUGCCCUGUACGUAACUCGUAACCUUGCCUACAUGUACUGCUGCAUCAGCCCUGUCUUAUACACCUUUUUGGGAAAGAAAUUUCAAAACCAUUUUCGGAAACUUCUGGCCAAGCAUGUACCAUGUCUGAAGAUGACCGUAAUGUCGGCGCAAAGCAGCAGAACCACAUCCUUCAGAACCCCAAACACUGAAUAUUCGGCACGUUUGGCUGGUUCUGGUUCGACUGGUAUGUUCUGAAAUGUGUUAUUUAGAGCAUGUCAAAAGCAACUGCUGCCUUUCUGAAGACAGGACAAAAGGAACCAACAUGUAAUUUUCUUCGUGCAUAAUUCAUGCCAUAGAGGAACCACUUUAAGCUGAAUGGUUCUAUGAAGAACCUUUGACAUCCGAAGUCCCUUUCAGUUUCAGAAAACAAUCUUUGUUGUGGAAAAUGGCUCUUUAGGCUGUAAAAAAAGAAAGAAAUUCAGAUUUUUUUGGGGCAUUGCUGUGCAGAGAUCUUUUUUAAGAGUGUACGAAUCAUUGCUCUUCAAACCUACUGAAUGGGUGUAUUAUUUACAUUAUGCUGAGAAUGUAUUGUGCUUUAUUAUCAAUUUAAGCUAAUCGCAUUAAUACGUUAAUACGGUUAUGUCAGUUUUAUUUGUAUACAUUUUUUCAUAAAUUUUAUUUUUACAAAGCAAAUCUAUAGAACACACAUUAUUAAACAGACAAUAUAGAAUACAAAAAUAAGUAAAAAAUAAUAAUAAAAAAACUAUUUGUAUUGAAUACAUUGUAAUAAGCACACAUGAUUAUAUAGAAAAAAAUUUCCUAGUUAUUCUUUGCUCUUUAAGUGUGUCUGUGUUUAUUGUAAUAAUGUAUGUAAUAUAUAUGUAAAUAUUCCUCGCAAAUAUUCCUUAGAUGUUGUAAACUUUUGAAAGUUAUGAUGAAAAUUCCUUUUUUAAUACUUCCGUGAUGCAACGUUAUAAUUGUAACAAACACUGUAUAGUGCAUAGUGAAACUUGCCUUUGGGUUCCUGUGCAAUGCACAGAAACCAGAUGUCUCCGACUUUUGCAUAAUGUUCUGUAUUUUUUGUGCUUAAUAUAUUACCAUGUUCCAAAUUUAUUUCUUUGUUGUAAAUGUUAAAUGGACUGUUUUAUAGUGCAGUUGAAUUUCUGGCCUAUGAUGAAUAAAAAAAAUGUA